CUAAUGUAAAAAGUCUUAGCUUUUAUAAUGACUAUUUAUUUAGUCAGCUGUGUUGAUCCAAGUAUGGUGCAAUUGAGCACCGAGAAAAUUGAUGAGCUUUCCUAAAGUAAUUUGGGGAGAUUUAUUAUUGAGAUGGCUCAGACUCAUGCAGAAAUGAGAGGUCCAUUAGAUGAUUUGGUGACGGCAAUUGGAGAUUUGGAGAAUGAACUGACUGCUGAAUUGCAAUAAUUAGAAGACGAUUUUACUAGAUCAACAAAUCAACAUCAAAUAACUUAAGAAAACUUAGACAUUAACAUUGGUCAAACAGAAAUCAACAUUUUCAACGAAAAGGACUUUAUUGAUGCAAUAUUAUUGCCAAGCAUUGAUUAAACUAAUUAAAAGAUUGAUAGAUUGAAUGGUUUUAUAAAUGACAAUAGAGAUUCUUUAGCUAGAGAAACAUUAAAUAGAUAAAAUUAACAUUAAGCUUAUCUAGACAGAGUGAGUGAACACCAAGGAGCUAUCAGUGCUGUGGAUGAGGCUUUGUAAUUGAUCAACUCUUUAAUUAAUGGAAAUAUAGCAUUCACUGAAAAAGCAACAAUCCAUUAGGCUGUCAAAAGAGUCAAUAAUAAAAUCGCAAAAACCAGCACUAUUCACCCAGUCGUUGAAGCCUUACUUUAAUUGACACAGAACUUCUCAGAUUAAGGAUAAGCCAAGAAAAUUAGAGACUUGUUAUAGGACACAAGAAACUAAUUAGUUAGUAGUCUGAACUAAGAAAAUACCGACGAAAAAUAGAUUGAAGAGACUUGGGCAGAGAGAUAAAAAACAUUGAACACUGAGUAUUAAGAAUUCAAGAGAUCACUCCUAGAAGCUACCUAUGUUUUGGCUACCUAUUAAAAUAAAUUGAAAUCAACUUAAGAAGCCUUGAAUUAGAAUGAACUUGAUUUAUAAAAUUACAACGAAUCUUUAUAAUAGGACAAAGACGCUCAAGCCUAAGAGAUCCAAAUUUACAAUGAAUUGAAGGCUCAAUAUUAAAUUCAACUCUAGACUACUAGAAAUGCUAAAGACUUUGUGAACUCUGCAGAAUUUAGCACAGUCAUUAGAAACAAAUUAAAUUAAGGAGGAUUGGCAUGA